AUGGAUUCCAAGGUUACCACCGCAACUGUUCAGGCAACUGUGCUAAACGCAUUGUCCGGGGUGUUUGCCCAAGGCAUUUUGGCAUAUCGCAAGGGGGCUGUCGAUGAGAUUGAUUUCUCUUCCAUCUUGCGCUUCAUUGUGUAUACGGUGCUCACAACGCCUCCCAACUAUAGGUGGCAGGAGUUUCUAGAGCAGACGUUUCCAACCACGACGGAGCCAAAAGGAGACAAGACUUUGAAAGACAAAUCAUCUCCAUCUCCAUCUCAAGAUGCGGUGACGGCUGGUAAGCUCAAUAUUGCCAACACAGCAGCCAAGUUCUUCCUGGAUCAAGGUCUUGGAGCACCGGUCAACACGCUCCUGUUCAUCUGCCUGAUGGGCCAAAUGAAUCUUCAGGGUUAUGAUGGCAUCUUGAGCAAUGUCGUAAGCGACUUCUGGCCCAUGUUGUUUGCGGGAUAUCGAGUAUGGCCACUUGUUUGUCUGCUGAACUUGGUUGUUGUGCCAUUUGAUUAUCGACAGCUUGUUGGUAGUAUUGCUGGGCUUGGCUGGGGGGUGUUUCUCAGUCUCAGCCAGAUGAAAUAG